CACGAUGUGGCUGCGCGCGGUUGUGCUCGCCCUGCUGCUACAGCUUGUGAGGCCACAAGAUGCAGAGGAGACAACGGUUGCACCCAGAUCGUUUACCGUGGAUUACGAGAACAACACUUUUCUUCUGGAUGGAGAACCCUUCCGCUACGUAGCUGGCUCCUUACACUACUUUCGUCUGCCUCACCCCCUAUGGCGAGAUCGACUAAGAAAGUUGCGAGCUGCUGGUCUCAACGUAGUUUCAACGUACGUUGAGUGGAGUCAGCAUGCUCCGGAACCUGGGGAAUACAUUUUCAGUGGAGAUCUUGAUCUUUUACAUUUCAUUGACGUUGCACAAGAAGAGGGUCUGUUAGUGAUUCUCCGAGUUGGACCUUAUAUUUGUGCAGAAAGAGAUAUGGGUGGUCUACCAUACUGGUUGCUUACCCUCAAUCCAGAUAUCAGGCUGCGUACUAGUGAUCAAAGAUUCCUAAAUUAUGUGGAUGGUUGGUUAAGCUACCUAUUGCCACUGGUAGCUCCAAAGUUCUAUGGCAAUGGAGGACCUGUUAUAAUGGUCCAGGUUGAAAAUGAGUAUGGUAGUUAUCCAGCAUGUGAUUUUACUUACACUAGCUGGCUGAGAGAUAAAUUCAAACAGUAUGUUAGAAAUGAUGCACUAUUGUUUACAACAGAUGGAAGUUCAGACAUCAUGCUGCGAUGUGGAAAAAUACAAGAUGUGUAUGCAACUGUUGACUUCGGUGUAGGUUCAAAUGUGGCAUCUUCAUUCAGUGCUAUGAGGCGUCAUGAACCACAAGGACCUCUAGUUAACUCAGAGUUCUAUCCUGGUUGGUUGUCUCAUUGGGGAGAAAGUUACCAAAGAGUAAAUACAGGUGCAAUUGUGACGCGCCUAGAGGAAAUGCUUGAGAUGAAUGCUUCAGUUAACUUUUACGUCUUCUUUGGUGGCACAAAUUUUGGAUUCACCUCAGGUGCAAAUUAUAAUGAUAGAUAUGAGCCACAGCUGACCUCAUAUGAUUAUAAUGCACCACUAAAUGAAGCAGGGGAUCCAACUCCAAAAUAUUUUGCCAUACGAGAAAUGAUAGGACAGUAUUUACCUCUGCCAGAUAUUCCAUUACCAGUUCCUUCAGAAAAGGGGGAUUAUGGUACUGUGACUCUGUAUCCAGUUGCUGCUUUAUUGAGUGAUCUGUUACGGGAAACACUUGGAAAAAAGUACAAAUCAUCAUUGUAUCCUAAGACAUUUGAGCAAUUAGGGCAAAACAGUGGUUUUAUAUUAUAUGAAACAAUAAUUCCAGAUGAUUUAAGUGAUCCUGCACUGCUUGAUGUACCAGGAGUGAGAGACAGAGCAAUUGUUCUCAUUGACAGGAUGUUUGUCACAGUUCUCAGUCGUGCUCAAGGGAUAACCUCAGCAGCAUUAUUAGCCAGACCUCGUAGCACACUACAGCUGCUUGUAGAAAAUCAGGGAAGAAUCAAUUAUGGGUCAGAAAUGAAAGAUUUUAAGGGCUUGGUGUCAAAUGUCACUUUAAGUGGAUACCUUCUUACCAACUGGAAUAUCACUGGAUUUCCUCUCAGUAAUAUAUCAGCUGUUCAACAGUUAGAUGCAGCAACAGAGGUGUCUUCAGAACCUUAUUUUUAUAGAGGUUACUUCACAAUUCCAUCAAAUGAUACAGUACCAAAAGACACUUUCCUGGAUGUUUCUGGCUGGCACAAGGGUGUAGCAUUUGUCAACGGCAACAAUUUGGGUCGCUAUUGGCCCAUUGAAGGUUCUCAAGUCACUCUGUAUGUACCUGCCAUAUUUCUUCAGCCAUAUCCUAAAACAAAUGAAAUUAUUUUAUUUGAGCUGGAGCUACCCUCACAAAGUAAGCAAGUCAAGUUUACAAAGGAGCCAUAUCUUAAUAAAGAACCACCUAAACAAGGAAAAGUAACUCCUUGUCAUUGAUGUAACUUGGUGAAAUUAUUAGGUUUCCUCUUGACUGUUGACAAUGAAUGUCAUUAAACUGUAUCAAUAUUGAUAAAUUAUAUAGGACUGGUAACUGAGAAGGUAUUUAAUUGUAACAGGUGAAUGUGGUCACUGAUAAAGACUUUUGUUAUAAAUAUGUUACACUUACAUAGUACUUCAUGUAAAUGAUUUUCUAUCAGUAACACCAAAGCUAACGUCAGUACAUUGUGUUUGCAAAGUUAUUUUAUCCAUGUUGGAUGUAGUGAACACUGUGGCCAUUCAAGACAGUUGGUGAAUGAUGUGUGCAGCCACAAAUACUUUUUAAUAUUUUAUUUAAGUGCUAUUACCAGUUACAGUCUACCAAGCACACCUUCAGAUGGCUAAUAUUUUCAGUUACAUAAAUGAUCUGAUCCAUAGCAUGUCAUCUGCUCCUACACUACACAAGAAUAUUUGAAUACUGUAUAGGUAGUUUCAUUGUUAUGAACAUGCUUAAGUGGUUGCAUUUCUUUAGAUAUAAUGUAAAAUAGUUAUAUUCACUUACAUAAGUUCCAGUAGAUAGUGAUUUGUUUUGUUGGGGUAAGAGUGGUUUUCCAGAUCACUCUCUUUGUUGUUCAAUUAGAAACAGAACACACAUUGCAAAUAAAAGGCUCUGGCAUGCUUCAUAAUAUUCUUAAUGUCAGUGCUAAGCAUCACACAUGUUAUACACUUGAUGUUUCUGUUUACAAUGCAAAGGUUAUCAUUAAGCAAAGAUACAAAGAUAGUGUUCAUUUUCAGUUGACCAUGGAUAUAAACAGAGGAAAUAUGAUGUAGGAUGUGCAAAGUGCAAUAUUUUAAUAACAUAAAAAUGUUUGCCCUCUAUGAUUAAACUGAUUUUAAAAGUCAACAGGACAAAUUGUUUUCGGAAUUUCAAGUAUGUCAUCUUUUUUUUUUACUUAACUUUCAGCAGAAAUUUUGAUGAAAUACUUCAAAGACAACUGAUUGCAUACUACAAUUUAGACACAUAUGUACAUUCAUUUAUAUAUACAGACAUCUGCUUAAAAUGACUGUUUAUAAAUUAGUUGCAGGAAAUACAAAAUUAAAAUGUUGGAGGGUGAGAAGAGAGCAACAAAUUUGUUCAUCAUACUAGUUUAUAUUUGUACAGUUUUACACUGAUAUCUUAAACAGGUGGCCCUGAAAAAUUUAAUUUCCAAAUGUUUAAUGUUAUCAUUGGCUUAGAGACCUGCAAGGCUGCUACCCACUGCUAGGCUAUCUGGCUGCAUAUAGAGUUUCUUGUUUAAUGAGAAAUAGUUAUGGGCUAGAAUUAAUUCUAAUAUCUCUAUGGAUUUGUAUAUUUCUGACUGGAAAAGCUAUUUUUUAAUCACUAAAUUUCACUUAAUUAUUUCAUUAUUUACAUGGACAAGGAUAUUUGUGUACAAACUCUCAAUGCCCAUGAAUGCAAAUCUGGCACUCUCUGGUAUGCGCCCAUCACUUAUGUCAUUAUUUCUCAUUAAAAAAGAAAAUCUAUAUGCAGCCAGAAAGGCUAGCAAUGGGAAGCAAUCUUGCUGGAGUCUAAACCAAUGUUUCCAUUAACCAUUUAUAAAAUAAAUUUUUCAGAUUCACCUUGUUAAGAUAGCAGUGUAAAAUUGUAUCAAUAUAAACUAUCAUAGUGAACAAUUGUGUUGCUCUCAUCACACCCUCCAACUUUUUAAUUUUGUAUUUCCUGCAACUAACUUACAUAUGGUCAUGAUAAGCAGAUAUCUGUAUCUAUAAAUGGAUGUACAUAUACAUCUAAAUUAUAGU